GUAAAUUUCUGGUUAAUGUUUUUCCAUUUCUCAUCAGCCCAACUGCCUGCUUUUGAUGACCACGCACUUGAAAGAUGCGUAAAGAAUUUUUGGGGUUCAUGCAUACGGUAUCCUUUCGAUGCUCCCUUUGCGUGCGGUAGAACAAUUGCAAACUACACUCGGCUUUCACUCUUUCUCGAUCGAUUUCUCUGAAACAAAUUAGCAAAGCAUAACAAUGAAGUUGACAAUUGCUGGUCUCGUAUUGGCUACGUCUUCGGUUGCGGCAUUCCAACAACCGAAGGCCACACCCGCGAGUGAUGUGGAAUCGUCGAGAAGGUCCUUCGUUUCCAACGGAGCAGCGGCGCUCAUCGCUGGUGUAGGGUUGGCGCAACCAUCUUUCGCGGGAGGACUUUUGGACGAGUUCGGAACCGACCCCACGAAAAUCAGCAAUGCUCCAAAGAAGGAGGUCCGCGAGGCCGUAGUCGCCCAAUCGAAGGUUGAGUCGAACUACGAGCCAAAUCUUCGAUCGAACUACUACUAUCCUACGAACAAGAAACGGUAUUUGCCAAGAAUCAAAAAGUGCAACGACGCCAUCCCUGGGGCCGCCUCGAUGAUCGGAAACGAAGACUGGGAAGCUGCUGCUGAAUUCGCCGACAAGAUCGCGGAAGAUACGAUCCUUCCCAUGAAACUGUACACGUCUAGUCUUCUUGGUGGAGGUACAAACGUCAAGGUUUCCUUUGCCAAAGAUAUGAACGAGUCGGCUAAGGCUUUCGAAAAGGCACAAAAGGCUUUGUCGAAGGCAAUUAGCAAGAAGGAUCAGAAAAAGAGCAGUGCCGCAUUGGAGGAUCUUUCGUCGGCUCUCUUGACCUACAGAACUGCCGGGCGGCUGUUGGGACCCGAUGGAGGAGGCGAUAUUCCUUCCGUGGACGAAAUCCGUCGAGCUGCCUGCCGUGUGCAAGGGCGAACCUUCGAACAGAAAGUGAAGAGCCGUGACGCUCGGUUGAAAGAAAGCGAGUCCGUCGCUUCGAAAUAAAGAAAACUUUGUCAUUUAGAAUAGCAAUAGAUAUAGCGAAAGAUU